CCCUUGAAUUGUUUUGCUUUCAGAUUAAUGAAUAGAUAUUCAAAGAAACUAGUAUCAAAAUGCAUUUAUGUACAAAUUUUAAAAGUUACAAAAACUGAGUUACUCGGUGAAUUUAUGGGGGUCGGUGGCUGGUCCUUGGUUUAUAACUGGUUGAACGACGCUAUACGUGCUAUGAAUUGGCCACUGGUGCAGGAAAUAUUAGAAUUACUCUUACUUUGUCCUGUUGAUGUGGAUAGAUUGAAGAUAAACUCUGCACCAAAGUUGGUGAAAGGACUUUGCAGGGAUGGCGGCAAUGAAGGCGUCAGAAUACUUGCGAAACGUUUGGUGGAACAGUGGUUGAAGGUGGUAACUGAAAAUACAACGAGCGCUCAAGUUGAAAAUGCUCAGCAACAGACAAUUACCAAUGAACCUGCAGCUGCAAGUGUUCAAACAACACCUGUCGUUCGGCAAGAACCAAAAAUUAUACCACCUCCCGCAGAACCAAUUAAAAUUAAGGCGCCUGUAGUAGUAAGGCAGUCAUCAUCAAAUAUUGUAGAAGAGGACCCUUUAGCUGAUGUUGCAGAUGUACCAACUGAAACAUCUAGUUAUACACCAACAUCGGCUCAAAAGAAAGCUAACGAAGCCGGUUUGGUAUUCAAACUAGUUAUUAAAGAUGGUCAGCAAGUUUUGGCAAAAGUGCCAAAGGCCGCGCAAGUGACACCAACAGUCGUUCAUGAAGAAGAGAACGAGAGAGAUAAUGUUGAAGAAGAAGUUGAAGAUGAGGCUGAAGCUGAAGCUGAAAAUGCUGAAGGUGAAGUAGAAGUGGAUCAUAACGCCGAAGGCGAUGUCGAAGCUGAGCCUGAAAAUGAGGAACAGGAAGUGGAGGAAGAAGUUGAGAGCGGAGCUGCCGCCACGGUGGUAGAAGAGGAAGAGGAGACUCGAACAUCACUUGAUAAACCAGGCAAAGAAAGUGAAAGCAGUGCUGACGAUGAGACUCGGACUCCGCCCUAUAUUGAUAAAGUUGAUGUAGCACAAAAGUCUUCAGAUCGGGAAAAAACCAUAGAUUCUGAAGGUGACAAAUCAGAAACUAAAGAAGCUAAAAGUUCAAACGAGGGAAAUGAAAGCAAAAAUAAAGAAAAAGAACAAAAAGUUGAUAAAGAUAGAGAAAAAGAUCGAAAGUCAUCGUCUUCCAGCCAUAAAUCAUCGAGUCAUAAAUCGAAAACCUCUUCUUCGAGUAAGUCAAAAUCAUCAUCAUCGUCAUCAUCACACCGCAGUUCUGGCGAUAAGCAUCGCAGUGACAAGGAGCGUUCAAGUUCCAGCAAAGACAAAGAUCGGAAAGAGGGUAGCUGCUCAAAUACACAUAAAUCGUCAUCUUCAUCAUCUAAGUCUUCAUCGUCAACAAGUUCAAAAGACAAACACCGCGAUAAAGACAAAGAUAAAUCGUCCAAUUCUUCUUCAUCUUCAAUUUCAACAACUACAUCCCACAAAAAAGAUAAGGAGCGCGAAAAAGAAAUACAAGCGGAGAAAGAUAAAGACACUAUUAGCAAGUUGACUCAACCAUCUAUUGAUAAAUUAGGUCGUAUUCCAAAGAAACCUAAGGAUGAAUCAGAAUCCGAAACGGUUAAACCUGCUUCAAUCACAAUACCCUCAAAAAAGGCAUCAAUGUCGAUUGAAAUUCGACGCGAUUCGGAAAAGACCAAAACAGUUAAAACGUACAAAUCACAGUUUCGUUCGCAUGGUCUGACUGAAGAAGCGCCACCACCGCCGUCACGGAAAGGUUUGAAGAAACCAAUAUCGAUUGUAUCAGCGCCUGGUACUGUCAUUCCUGCAAGUUUGCCUUCAUCGCUGAAGCGGCCUUCACCACCACCUAGAAGUAGUGAUUCGCCCACACAGAAGAAAUCCAAGAUCGAUAUGAACAACCUGUCUGUGGCUAACGAGAAACCUGGAGCCAUCAAACUCAUCGCUCCCAAAAAGAUUCAAACACUCGUCGAAACGAAUCUCUUCUCUGAUGCACUCUCAGCAGCUACAGGCCCUAAAAAGAUCACAAAGCGCAAGCGCUCCACUACCCCGGCUCCCGGAGGACAAACAAAAGAGGGUCCUUCACCGCCCACAAGUCCUCAUGGACCCAAGGUUGCACCUUUGAAAUUCUAUCAAGACACAUUGGAUGAGUCAAAGAGCGAUGAAAAGUCCGAUAAAGAAUAUGACGUCAAAGAGCAGAACAGCAAAACAGAAGAUUUGGAUGCAGCCGAGAAGGGCAAUAGCACAGAAGACGAUGAUGAUAUACCAUUGAAAAAGGUGAAGGAGGACAUUGAACAGAAGGUGCUGCGUGAACAAAAAGCUGCAGAUGAUGGCGACGUCACUCCUAGCACCGCCAGCGGCUCAGUCGAUAUCACUGGCAGUGAUGCGGAGGAAGAUGCCGCCACAAAGGAAGCGAAAACGGACGUUGUCGAAGAGGAAGAAGCACGCAAACCGCCUGGACCUGGUUGUGGUCCGAAUGGACCACCAGGUGUGCUCAUGCUACAAAGACGCAAAGGCCGAAAGAAGAAGUUGACUUGGCGCACGCAGGAACAUCUCGAACAAAUACGCUACUUUGAAUUGGAUGAAAAUGAGCGCGUGAAUGUGACAAAGACCCAAUCGUUUAUGGACAUGAAAAAUCUGGAACGUUAUAGUGAGCGCGAUGCCUUCAAUAUUGCACGUCGUGGCUUCACCCACGAUGAUAAUAUGAGGCCACAAACUGAAUGGCGGCCACUAAUCGAAGUCGAUGGCGUACCACCACAUCCGAACGGUAAUCAAUCGAAGCAACGUAAGGUACAAGCCGACCGUGAGCAAACCACUUUGCGUGCGCUCUACUUUUCGCACAGCAUGAUACCCGAUUCACCGGCGGAGGCCGAAUUGGAGCCCCAUUUCGCAUACGAUGUGCCAGUCAUACCCUUGGAAGACAUCACCGGCAAUCCGGAUGCCGUUAGCGAUUACACAAAUAUGCCUUGGCCCGAACCGAAGGGUUCGCCCAAAUACCCAGAAAAUAACAUAGCCAACAACACUGCCAAACUGACAAAUGCGCAAGUGAAUGCGUCGUUACCUCCGAACAACGUAAACACAUUUCCUGCUUUUAUGCCGCAGUACGCUGCUGCGUCCGCAAAUAAUAUGCAUGCAUCGCAAAUGCAGAUGCCCAGACCGGUACCAGGGGUGGCGACAGCAGCAGCAGCAGCGGCGGCGGUGGCGGCUGCGGCGGUGGGCGCCGGAUCACAUCCAGCAUGGCAAGGUGGCAAUUUCAAUGGACCAUUAGCCGCCAUAGGCGGUCCCUCAGUUGCAGAACAGCAACAGAAUUUAUUGGGAGCAUUCGGUCCAGCGGCGGGCAAUCCACAAUGGCAAAUGCAUUGCGACCAAUAUGGCCCUGCGCAAGGCCCCUUCAAUAAUGGACCUAAUUUUGGACCUAUGGGCAUGAUGGCGCCGCGUGUUAUGGCGAAUAUGGCAGCAGCGAAUAUCUUCGAGCGUAAUAAUAUGAAUAAUAGUCACCACAAUAAUAAUCAAAAUCGGAACCAUAACAGCGGCAAUUGGCGGACAGGUUCCAAUUUCCAAGAUAACAGUGGCAGUGGUGGUAACUGGCGCUCAGGUGGCGGCGGACAAAACCGAGGCGGUGGUGGUGGCGGCAACAACAGCGGUGUGUGCAAGGCAUACAUGCGCGGCCACUGUCGCUUAGGCAAAUCCUGUAAAUUCAUACACCCAAAGAGCAAACGUAUAUAGGAUUCGCCAGAAUCUUCAGACGAAGAUUUAGCAACGAUCUCGAUAAGCAACUGUGAUAGUGGCGACAAGUCGAAGCAUAAGAGAACUAUCUAAGCGAUCAACGAAACGGAAAUGAUCUAUGAAACGAUCUGAGAUCGAAAUCGAUUGCUGCUACAAACUGCCCCGCCUUGAGCCACACUUCAAAGUUCUUGAAAAGGCUGCUUGGUGUACGCCUUUUGACGCCGGUAAUGACUGCUAAAGUGUGCGUGUGUAUCGCGCAUCUCCAAGUGAAUAAGUGAAUGGUCACCAGCGUCGUAAACUGAAUUCUGAAUGAAUUACAAAGAGGAAAAUAUUUUAAUUUCUAUGAGAUAAUAUUUUUUGUAGAAUGUAUACCUUUGUUAAGUUUUUUUUUCACUAAAGGAUAAUAUUCUUAGCAAAUUAGAAGAAAAAACACUUGCAUUUGGAUUAUGUAAUCAUAUAAACUAUUAAUGAAUAUUUACAUUUAUACGUUACAAAGGCAAUCGCACUAACCAUAGUCGUUAAUUACAUAUAUAAUGGAGCAUAUUGUUUUUUUAUUAUAAAUCGCCUAGAUACAUUCAUAUAUGCAUUCACUAAAAAUAUUUUAGCAAAAUUAUGCCUGCACUGCAUACAUAACUAUGUAUGUACAUACAUAUGUAUGUGUAUAAAUAAAUUAUCGCUUUCACACGCAGCGCGUCACAGACGCAUUCAAAGCACUUUUUGCUGUGUUAACAUCAUUUUGUAUAAAUGUCUUAUUGCAUUAUGGACAAAAUGUCGAAUUUGUUGAUACAAUUAAAAUCAUUUCGUGCAUAAAUUUAUACAUUUAUAACAUAGCAAUUAAAAGUAGCAUAUUAAGUCCUAAGCCUUUUCACAAAACAGAUAUGCAUGUACAUAUGCCGUAAAAACAUACAUGCAUACAUGCUUUAUAAAUAAUUUACGUACAUAUGUAGUUA